AUGCGCUGCGACGCAUUUGGUAAGAUUGAUCCCAUGAAGUGGCGUCCGGUGCUCGUACACCUCAGACAUCGUGCUAGCCAGUAUGGCGCGACUAUAAUAGCUACUGAUGGAUCCGAGUUCUCUAGCUUACGCGAGUGCGAUGCGAUAACCGCUGGGAUAACAGCACGAAAUGGACGGAUAUUUUACGAGCAUCUGGUGGCACAAAUAUACGGGAGGACACUACCAGACAAGCGAGGAGAUGAUGGAGGGAAGGCACUGCUUUGCUUGUCACCGGGGCAAGACGGCGGACCUGAUGCGUUCCGCCAUUCACUCAACGUUGAGGAUGCCGAGUUCCUGUCUCGUCCUAUUGAAACCUUUUUUGAUUCGGAUUCUGAUGAAGAGAGAGUGAGGGAAGAAGAGGCUCAACCAGUUACUACGGUAGACAGCAUGAAGGUAUUCUUGAGUCGCAUGGCAGAGAGGAUGCCCGCGCCAAUGAAUGCACCGUCUUCUCCACAGACAGCGACGACUCCGGUUACUAACAGAAGCUUCUUCCAGAAUCUACUUGUGAAGGAACCCGGCAGUAGUGCCCGAAAAGGUGCUCCCGAGGUUAGAUGAAUGCAUGAG